CCCCCGCUGGCGGCGGCCAUGGCGGCCAAGCGGGGCACCGACGAGAUGCGUGACCGCGUGGUGCUGGGCGAGUUCGGCGUCCGCAACGUCCACACCACCGACUUCCCCGGCAACUACCCCGGCUACGAGGACGCCUGGGACCGGCGGCGGUUCGAGGAGGCGUUCCGCGUGGACAUAAUCCGUGAGGAGGAGGGCGCGCUGGAGUUCGACAUGGUGGGCAUCGACGCCGCCAUCGCCAACGCCUUCCGCCGCAUCCUGCUCGCCGAGGUGCCAACGAUGGCUGUAGAGAAAGUCUUUGUGUACAACAACACAUCCAUUGUGCAGGAUGAAAUUCUGGCUCAUCGCUUGGGCCUCAUCCCUAUCCGAGCUGACCCUCGACUCUUCGAAUAUAGAAACCAAGGAGAUGAAGAAGGCACAGAAAUUGAUACUCUGCAGUUCCAGCUGAAAAUAAAAUGCAGUCGAAACCCUCAGGCAGCCAAGGAAUCAUCUGAUCCUAAUGAACUAUAUUUCAAUCACAAAGUGUACAGUAAACAUAUGACAUGGGUGCCCUUGGGGAAUCAGACAGACCUCUUUCCAGAUGCUGACUUCCGACCUGUUCAUGAUGACAUCCUCAUUGCACUGUUGCGACCUGGCCAGGAAAUAGAUGUUCUUAUGCACUGUGUCAAGGGUAUAGGUAAAGAUCAUGCCAAGUUUUCUCCUGUGGCCACAGCUAGUUAUCGACUGCUUCCUGACAUCACUCUCCUGCAGCCUAUUGAGGAUGAGGCAGCUGAGAUGUUGCAGAAGUGCUUUUCCCCUGGAGUCAUUGAGAUCCAGAAUAUCAAGGGUAAAAAGGUGGCAAGAGUAGCCAAUGCACGGUUGGACACGUUCAGCAGAGAAGUUUUCCGUCACGAGGGUCUGAAAAACCUCGUGCGCCUGGCAAGAGUACGAAACCAUUACAUCUUUUCAGUGGAGUCAACGGGUAUCUUGCCUCCAGAUGUGCUGGUGAGCGAAGCCAUCAAGAUCCUGAUGGGAAAGUGUCAGCGCUUCUUGAAUGAGCUGGACUCUGUGCCUAUGGAGUGACCAGGCUGUAGCUGGGAAGCAUAUCCCUGCACUGCUGUUCUGGCCUUCUUGUACCUGCCUGCAGGGGUGAUUCCUCUUCCAUAGGCAAGAGGUUUGAGAUGGGCUUGUGAAGAGUCCUAGGACCAUGUCUUUGAAUUUGUUUUCUGUUGGUAAUGAGCCUCAGUGAGGAGAUGCGCUAAAAUAAAGGCUUUGCUUUACAUC